AUGCAGACUGCUUCUACAAACGUUUAUGAAAGACUGUGCAACAGGUCCAUCUGUGAAAUUUCCUUGUUACUAAAUAUUCCACGGUCAACUGUUAGUGGUAUUAUAAGUGGAAGCAACUGGGAACAACAGCAACUCUGCCACAAAGUGGUAGGCCAGGGGUCAGCGUAUGCUGAAGUGCACAGUGCGCAGAAGUUGCCAGCUGUCUGCAAAAUCAAUAGCUAAAGACCUCCAAACUUCGUGUGGCCUUCAGAUUAGCACAACAGUGCGUAGGGAGCUUCAUGGAACGGGUUUCCAUGGCCGAGCAGCUGCAUCCAAGCCUUUACAUCACCAGUGGACAUAUGUGGGUGCAUCCAUAUUGCCUUUUUAAGCUCACGCACACUGGAC